UUUAGACGCAUUACCCUUUGACGUAUUGAAAGUGAAUAAACAAGAACAAAUUGAAAGUGAAUAAACAAGAACAAACUACUUCCGUAAUUUAUUUGAUCACUUGCCCGGGUCACAACAGGUGUAAGAAUGCCUGUUCCCGACAGCAGUGUAAAUUUUUACGACUCCACGGCCGCCAUGAUGGAAGCCAGUGGUGCGCAGGCAAGCGGGGGAAUGGUGCCUGUGGAGAGUGUCAAACGCGUUUUGGCGGAGACCAUGGACAACGCGUUGCAGUUGAUCUUAAACACCGCUGUGGAGCCCCAACAUCGGCACCUAACUUCAGCAACUGCUACGACGACGGUCAUCGUCACUGUGAAGCCGGCAAUUUGCGAAGUCGGCGGUGAAGCAGGGAUGACCGGCAUUCCCUGGGGCGGCGACAGCGAGGCUUUAAAUUUCGGUAUUUUUCUGCUUUCCAUAGUUUUCGUGUCACUCUUCUAUGCGUUUCAAAAUGAUUCAGAACCUUACAUACAUUCCUGGACAAAUGGACUCGUCAAAUAAAAAACUUCAUCAAACUCGUCUCUCUACCACUUCAACUUCAGGCACUUACCCGCGCGCCAUCGCGUACACAGCUGCGCUGGUGUGGUUGUUUUGCGGGAUUGCCGUUGCGGCGGACCUGUUCAUGGAGUCCAUCGAGGCGAUCACGUCGAGCCGCAAGAUGGUGACAAUCGAGAUCGUGGACGCCAACGGCGAGCGCCAGGCCAAGCACGUGACGCACAAGGUGUGGAACAGCACCAUUGCGAACCUGACCCUGAUGGCUCUGGGUUCCUCUGCGCCGGAAAUUCUGCUUUCCGUCGUGGAACUGUUCGGAAACGACUUCAAGUCCGGGGAGCUCGGGCCGUCCACGAUCGUUGGGUCGGCGGCCUUCAACCUGAUGGUGAUCAUCGGCGUCUGCGUGAUGAGCAUCCCGGCGGGCGAGAUCCGGAAGGUGGAGUCCGUGGACCCCUACUGUGUGACCGCGUUCUUCUCGGUGUUCGCCUACCUCUGGCUGAUCGUGAUCCUCACCAUGACCAGCCCGGACGAGGUGACGCUGGCGGAGGCGGUGAUCACCUUCAUGUUCUUCCCGCUGCUUGCGGUUUUGGCGUACGCGGCCGACAUUGGCUACGUGAAGCCGACGGUGCUGCUGCUCGCGCUGUUCGGCGACGGCCACUCCGCGGACUCCGACGAGGACUCCAUUCGCACCAAGGCCGCGGAGAAGGCGGACCAGGAGGUGUUGCUGAUCAAGAAGCUGAUCAACGACACCGGUGUGCUGGAGGAGCUGACGGGCGAGAGCCCGGAGGACGCGGCGAACUACGUGCUGCACUUUUUCACGCGGCAGGGCCACCACUUCGAGGAGCUGAAGCCGUCGGAGAUCUUCGACGUAAUCGUGCAGAUGCGGCUGCGGCACGACGAGGAUUCGCACGUGGACCUCACCCCGCACGACCACAACGCCGCCAACGCGAGCCACCAGGAGGCGAAGUCCACCCUGAAGGGCAAGCGGCGGUCCCGCGCGGAGCUGCGGAUGGAGGCGACCAAGAUGCUGACCGCCAAAUCGUUGAACCCGAGGACGAUCCAGGCGUCGAUGAUGCGCGAGCGGCUGGCGUUGUCGAAGAACAUCGACGUGGUCAUGUCGGAGGGCGGCAAGACGCUCGUGCAGGACUUUCACAAGGCGGCCGCGGAGAAGGGCGAGAGCGUGAGCGUGAUCGACAAGAGCAAGUUCGCGAACAAGACCAUCAUCUUCAAGCACCCGCCCACCUUCGUGCCGCACCGGCACCAGGAAACGGAGUUCCAGAAGAAGAUUUUGUUCGAGAUGGGGGCCGCGACCGAUUUCGUCAUCGUGCCUGCGGGGCGGAGGAUGAAGGUGAAGAUCCCGGUCACGCGCCAGAUCCACCUGGGCAGCACGCACAUGGGCGUGCCGCAGCAGAACUUCGAGGCCCAGUUGGUGUCGUCGGUGCAGGUGACCAGCGAGGCCUACGGGUACGGGGCCUGGAUGAAGGAGCUGCACAAGAAGCCGGUGGAGUUCCGCAAGAACACGGACCGGUACAACGGGAAGGUGCAGAUGCUGGAGGUGAAGCUGGACGGGUCGCAGUCCGUGGGCCAGUACGUCGAUUUGUUCUUCGACCGGGCGCAGAUUUGGGUGGACGACAACGAGCCGCUGGAGCGCCAGCCCGAGGAGGAGUGGGACGACGACAACGACGACCGGUGGAACAGCGUUUACGAUGGUGCAGCGCAGGGGGAGGGCGAGGCGCACUACGCCCUGGAGGACGGGGAGGAGGAGGAGCACAACAACUACGACGAGGAGCAGCCUGAGGGCGAGGGGGACUACGAGCAGGACGCAGGAGGAGCGCCGGAAGACUACGACGGCGCCGAGUCCGGAGAGCACCCGGAGCACGAGGUGGAGGCCGAACCGGAGUACGCCGAGGGCGCGCACGAGAUGCACGCCGUCGUGGAAGUUGGGGACGUGGAGCUCGUGUCCACAAGCUCGUGGGGUUCUUCCACCAAGCACGGCGCAGCUGCUCGUGGUCACCUUCGUGGGUCAGGCGCGGCCCGGUCUAGUACUUCCCGCCACGGAAGAACGUCUACGUCGACGAACCAAAACAAGGCUCCGCGACAGAAGCAGAUGCUGAAGCAGCAGUACUACUACGAGAGCAAUGCGCAUCGCGCGGUCGACAACAAGCACCUGCCGACGCGGGAGAGAACCUCGCACCACAUCGCGGACGACGAGGUGAUUCAGCACGACAUCCCCUGCCUGGCCGUGGUGAACCACCACCCGGUGUGCCGCGUGUACGUGGUUCCGGAGGAGGAGUACGCGUUCCGCAGCGGGGAGGUUUUGUUCUGCGAGGAACAGAUGAUCGUGCCGGGCAGCAAGCACGAGCAGGACGUGAUGACCUACGCGCUGCGCGUGCACGGGAACGCGGGCAGCUGCAAGGUGAGCUACCACACGGAGAAGGGCUCGGGGCUCCCGGGAACGGACUACGAGCCGGUGGACGGCGAGACGCUGGAGUUCGAGGAGGGGGAAACGAUCGUCGAGUGCAAGCUGGGCAUCAAGGGCCGCCACCCGCACGACAGCACGCCCGACUACUUCUACGUGGUGAUGGACAAGAUCGAGCUCACCUCGCGGGACUGGGAGCUGCCGUGGCCGACCUUCGACGCGGACGCGGACGGCGGCGAGGACGCGAACGUGAUGACGGUGUACGUGCUGCCCGACGGCGACCCGAACCUGUGGCGCGCGGGCCACGGCAUUCUGGGGAUGCUGGACCACUGCUGCGACGUGGGGCAGAUUCUGACCGGGAAGAACGAGUGGGCCAACCAGUUCCUGGAGGCCUUCUACGUGGGCGGCGACCCCCAGGCCGCGGAGCACGCGGACGGCGGGGCCGUCGUGCUCCACUACGUCAUGCUGCCCUGGAAGCUCCUGAUGGCGUUCUCGCCCCCCUCGAUGCUGUUCGGGGGGUGGCUCAGCUUCGUCACGAUCUUGAUCAUCAUCGGCGUCAUGACGGCCUUCGUCGCGGACGUGGCCUCGGUGUUCGGCUGCGUGGUCGGCGUGGAGGACUCGAUCACCGCCAUCACCUUCGUCGCGCUCGGAACCUCGGUGCCGGACCUGUUCGCCUCUAUGUCCGCCGCCAAGGAACAGGAGAACGCGGAUGACGCGGUCGGCAACGUGACCGGCUCCAAUUCCGUCAACGUCUUCCUGGGGCUGGGGCUCCCGAUGCUGAUCGGUGCGAUCUACCACGAGUACCUCAAAGAUCUCACGGGAUACGCAGAGCUGGGCGCGGAUAACAAAGCAACCGGUGUUGUGGACUACUCCAGGAACCCGGAUGGGUCUGCGAGAACGACCGUCUUUGACAAGCAGGACGGCCUGGACGUGCUUCAGUACCCGGCCGGGGCGCUGACCUUUUCCGUGAUGACCUUCACCAUCACCGCGAUUCUAUCGCUGUACCACCUGUACCAGCGGCGCUGCCAGUACGGCGGCGAGCUCGGCGGCCCGAAGGCGGCCCAGAUCAGCAGCGGCACCUACCUGAUCAGUCUCUGGGCGUUCUACAUCGGGCUGUCCAUCUGGCGCGUCAAGAACGGGGACGAGACCAAAACGUGGGAGGAAGUCGUCGCGUUCCCCCUGGGCUUCGUGCACCUCGCGAUUCUGUUGUUUCUCGUGAACACGACCGUGGCCUGUUUCGCCGACACCUCCGAGGCGGACGACGCGAAAGAGGUGGCCAACGUGGACGAGGGGAAGCGGCACGCGCUGCUGCUCGCCGCCAAGGCGCACGAGCGGCGGAAGGCCGACCGGAAGAUGAACAAGAUUAUGGAGCUGCUGGGAGGCAGCGCGGAGGACCAGGAGUCGCUGUCCAACUACAGCCAGAAACCGGUCCCGAAGCCCCGGAAGAAGGAGAGCAAGGACACGUCCCCACCGAAGCGCAUCAGCACGCAGCCCACGUUCACCAAGAAAAACGCGACCAGUAAGACACAACUGAUGACGAAAACAGCCAAGCAGACAAAGAAAAAAGCAAGGGAAGAAUAACUGAGAAGUUGUUCUUGAUGACACGGACGCGGCACGCUAGCAGUAAAUUCACAUACUAGAAUUAACUAGACCUAUUUUUUUCAUAUGCAUUUACUUGUUUUUCUAUUUCUGUUUGCUCACCUUAAGAAGCGCACUCGCAAUUCUAUUUCUGUUUGCACACAUUCAUUUUUUUUCUACCUAGAGUAGUAGGUCUUUUUGUUUUUCCGAGUACUAGUACAUUAGAUGAUAGUUUAUCAAAAGUUUACGAACAAGUUUCAACCUCAUACGCGCUCCCUUCCCAAAGGGGCGUUCUUUUCAGCUCCUAAAGUAAACAGUAAUUUUGCAGUUUUAUCAAAAGAACUACCCGCAGUUUCAAAGUUACCGUCUCUCGAGACAAGGAGGAAAUUAGAAAAAAAUCACUUGAUAGUUUCUACGACCCAAUUUUCAUAUGUCAAUCUUUUUUUUUGGUCAGCUCCUUGGUGCGUAGCCGCUUGACCUAUGGCGCUGCUGCGAGGAGCUUCAUGAACGACGAGUACAGUGAGUUGGAAGUUUGUGAAAACAAAAUCCUGCGCUGCCUCAAUGGCACAAAUAAGCCACUCAUGAUGUUGAUGGGGGUAACAAUGCCGAACCUGCGCAAGCAGAUACAGCUUCCCCCCCUUCGCUCGGAGAUUCUGUUCCAAAAAGCGUCGCACUUUGGGCAUUUGAUGCGCUCCCCCGCAUCGAAUCCAGCAAGAAAGGCGCUGCUGGGGCGAUUUUUUCCAAAGAAAAGGAGUGAUGGGGCGGGCGAGUGGUUCAUGGUGGGCGCCAAACAGCACGAAGCCACCAAGACGAAGAGACGGGAAGUUUUGGAGGAGGUUCUGACGCAUUUGACGGAGGAUUGUGGUAUUCUUCACGACGACAUUCUUCUGGUCUGCAGGGACAAGCAGCUUUACUACCGAGCAACGAGGGGCGUCUUUGUCCGGGAGUGUUUGAGGGAUUGGUUUGGCAAUGGGCACCUUGAAGACAAUGAAGUAGAGGAGAGGGAGAAAAUGCGGCUUCACCUCGAGACGAAGUACGGAAUUCGACCGGGUGAUAGUUUGAGAAACAGCGCGGAGCCGAGAAGCGGAGCAAGAUGUGGAAUUUGUAGCAAGUUCAUCAACGGUGGUUAUUGGAGGCAUUGGAGGGAGGAGCAUGGUGCAGUAGGUGCCCUGGAUGACGACUGGCACUGCAGGGAGAUUGAAACUAGAGGAGAAACGAUUGACGCCGAACUUCGGAAGGAGCGCGAAACGCGGAAGAAUAGAAUCCUACAGCAGCAUGGUGACACACUUCACGAAAGGUCUACAGGGGUUUACUGGUGUGCGAUUUGCAAAAAAGACUUCUCUGCGCCGAUUGAAGCCAUGCAGCAGCAUAUGUUAAAGCAUGACGAAGGACGCUUUGUAAAAAUCGCCCAAGACCAGUCGUGGAAGUGGCACCCAGCUGAGGAAUUCUACAACGAAAGAAGCCAGACGCAGAGUUUCCAAAACCAAGCCGGGAGGUUCAAAAAGAUGAUGGUGGUGCCGCCGCCAGACAUGCGCUGCGAAGGCAUGAAGAUCUUCUGCAGAACUUGCGACACCUGGUCCACCGACUGGAACACACGACUAACGUAUGCGGAAAAGUGCGGUAGGGUCCGCAGAAUGGAGAAUCACGAGGAGUCCUGCGCUAAGCAGCCUAAAACAAAGCAGCGAAAAAUCGACAACAGUGCUUCCACUUCUUCCUCCUCUUCCUCCUCUUCAUCUAUGAUACAGCACCGGGAACCCAGCAACCAACCCGCAGAUGGAGAUGACGUGAUGAGCGGAUCCAGGGGAGCAGAGGAGGAUUUUUUACGAAAAGUUAAACUGGAACCGCGUGCCAAGUCAGAGGCUGGAGUUAAGAAGCAGGGGGGAAGAGGUGAUGUUGAUAGUGAGGUGUGGCAAGAGGCAGCAAUCUUAUCAAAUCUGAACAAGAAGUAGAAGAAAGCAAGCACAUCUCAGAAUGAAAACAGUUUUUGAAGGUAUAGUAAACUGUUAGAACACUAAUACCACCAUGUAGGGCGGUGUACACCCUACAGCACUAGUAUCCACGUAACUGUUGCAUUCGGGGAAAGGAACAAGCUCAUCAUCAUCAUCAUUUCGUCAUCGCUCUGUACCAUCGCUCUUCGCUCAUGAUGUGAUUUCAGAUCGUGGAUUUCGAGUGGGAUUUGCAUCGUGUCAUGAGAUCUACAUGGUAAUUUGAUCUGCAUGCCUACAUUCCCCCUCAUGACUAUUCACUUGCCUACAUUCCCCCUAGUGACAGGAUGGAACGAUAUUGGAGUAGUGGAUAGUCACAGAAGUAUAGAACACAGGUAUUGCAAAAUCCUAGAAAUAGACACUGUGAUGCGCAAAUCCACUGAAUCCCGAUGCUAUGAUGAUGGUUCGCUCCAAAUGCAAGCAUAGAUCUAGCGUCUUUGGCUCAACACGACGAGACUGCAAAAAUCUCUCAUGGCUACGGCACAAAGAAAAACCACGAAACUGAUGAAAAACCUCCCCCCCUCAGAAACUUGUGGAAGUUUCGGGCGCGGAUGAAGGAAAAUCAGACGGGCACUAGAAUCCUACACAAUUCCGCAGGCAUGUGUAGCCUUCGAGUGUGACACGCGGAAGAUGGACUACGAUUCGAAAAUCGAAGCGGCGUAGACAGCCGGAAGACCUAUCUUGCUAUCAUCUAAGUCAAUAGACGGGUGGGCGCACGCGUGGAAACACAGCAAAGGACUUCCCAUUGGUUUGGUCAAGGGAUCAGCCUUGUUCACGCCGGUGGGUACGUGCGCGAUGUUUUCGACGUGAUCCUUGACUUCAUGAAAACGGAGCAAGAAGUGUUUCGUCUUCUUGGUUGGUAACUCCGAGCGCGCAACUUCGAUUGCAGAUUUGUUGUCCACAAAGAGAAUACCGGGCAGAGACUGACUUUCAUCGAGCCACUCCAGAUACCCCUGGGCCUGCGAUAGCUUCAACGUGUCGAAGAGGGCAAUGCACUCGCUCUCGCAUGUUGAGUAUGCACGAAGCGUCUGGCGCUUGCUAGACCAAGCGAUAGGCAUGCCCCUGAAAAAGAGAACGCUUCCACUGCUGCUGCGGAGGGUGACGGAACACCCAGCAAAAUCUGCGUCACUGAAUCCCACAAAGUCCGGGAGGGACUGUUUGGAGUUCUGCUCUUCAAGCACUUCGGUAUAUUGCUUGCGAAAUUCUCGCUCCCGUUCCGGUGUGUACUCUAGAACGACAUGAGAAGUCUGCAGCAAGUACCUGACUACGCGCUUUGCCGCUGUCACGACAGAAGCUGUAGGCUUGACUUGGGCUCGAGCGACCCUGUUCACUGCGAACAUGCAAUCUGGGCGGGCCAUGGUUGCAAUAUACUGCAGCCCUCCGAUGAGGCUACGCAGCGGGUAAUCCGGCAGCGGCUUUCCUUCAUCAAAGUCGGUGUAAACGCACGGCGUGGAAAGUGGCUUCCCAGCAUCGAUUUUGAACUUUUCCGCGAGCUUCUUGAUGGCUUUCUCCAAAUCAAGACGCAAGGUCUUCCGUUGCCGAUCGUAACGCAUACGAACGCCAAGGAUAUCCCGAACAUCGAAAGAGCCUUCUUUCUCUGCGGGGAUAAGUUUGCCUUCGAACUUACCAAGGAUACGGGCGCAGGCAGCGGACACCUCGUCGAAAUUCUCGCCCGAGAUGAGAGAGUCAUCAACGUAGAUGGCCAGCGUCAGCCCAUUCUUCUUGAAUAGUCCGGGUUCCUGGGGGCAGCGUUUCCAGCCGUCUUCCAGAAGAUACGCGGCAUACGUAUCAUACCACUUGCGUGGCGCGAUUUUGAGUCCGUAUAAGGAUUUCAAAAGUCUGACUUUGUCGCCACGGGGAUCCGUGCGCCAGUGUUUGGGUAAGCGAACAAAGACUCUAUCCGAUUCGUCUAAGGCAGAACGGAUGAACGCAUUCGAGAUGUCGAAUUGUUCAACGAACUUAGCCGAAGCGGCGGCAUCAACCAAAAGGGUGCGGGUCGCGGCAUGGGAAACGGUCGGGGAGAACACUUCGGCGCGCAUGACUUUCGUCUGGCGGUUUCCGAGUGCAACAAGGCGGGCCUUGAAUCUUCCGCACCGUUUGCGAGUGUAAAUCACAACGGCCGGGAUGAUCUCGUCGUCCUUACCGAAUUCGCCAUCUUGUAACGGCCUCCAGCACUUAAGUGCUUCUAGCUGUGUACGCUCUAGCGUAUCAGCUUCCAGCCAUUUGGCGGCGUCUGGUCCUGUAAACGCCUCCACCCUGGUGACUUGUACUGUCCAACAAAUCGCCUCGCCAUCCUUCUCUUGAUCAAAAACUCGAGAAGCAACAAACGCACUAGCGACUUCAUUUUCAAGAAUUGCUUUUGCGCCAUUGCCCUGGGGCUGAUCUCGAAGGGGCUGCACAAGGUCCGAAGCAGUUGGCUGCUUGGGAUUCCGACCGGGCUUAAGCCAGUGGGGACAUUGUGCGCGAGUAAGACCAUUGGGCCGUCCGCGACGGUUUCUUUUCUUGAUGGUGACGCCGUCUUUUUCCACUAACGUGUAGGGGUUGAGGUCGUCAACGAUCAAAUUUGAAACGUCCGGCGGCGCUACCUGGGGCGCAACAUGUGGGGCGACAGGAGCUGAGUUUCCUCAUUCCUGCGCGGGACCAUCUGCGGGCGCCGCACCACGGCCGUCGCCGUCGGUGGGACUUCCGGCAGACUCGUUUUCUUUGUCUCCGCCCUGGGCCGUUUCCGGCGCCGGGGGGGGCGACUCCGUUUUUCUCCGUUUCAGAGCCGGUUCUUCAACCCCCUCAGAAGUUUGCUUCCAACGCUUUUCGACUUCCUCAAGCGCGGCGCGAAGGCGAUCGGAAUCGCUUCUCACUGCUCCAGCGGAAUCGUCGGCGUUUGGGGCUUGCCUCUGCGACGGUUCUUUAUCCGGUUUCCGAAGGGCGUUGACGUUGGGCACUAACGUGUCCUCGUCGAACUUGACCGACCGAGAUUCGACUGUCGUCCAUCUCUGGCCGCUCUUUGCGCGUGCAUCAUGGUGGAAAACACCUACCACGUACGAGCUUGACUCCCUGGAGUAUCCGAGGAAGAUUCCCUUUUCAUAGCGGUCAACCAACUUCGUGCUCUCGGCUUUGUCGCUUGGAAUGUGCUUGCGAACGUACGCAACGCACCCAAAGCGGCGAAGGUGUUUGACAUCGGCCUGACGACCAAAACGCUUGUAGAAAGGGGCGGGGAACUUGGUUUUCCGCUGCACUCGGUUCUUGACAUACGCAACGUAGCGCGCACACCAAUCCCAGAGCCGGGGAUCUACUCCUUGAAGGCUGGCCCGAAGACCGUCCCCAAGGGUUCUGUGCCAGCGCUCCACGUUCCCAUUGCCUUGCGGCUCUCGUGGAACGCUGUGGCCAGCGACGCAAUUGAUUUCCCGACAGGCUUCUUUCCAUGGUCCUUCCAUGCCUUUGAGCACGGGCUCAUUGUCACAACGAGCGACCUUGGGGACCCCGACCUGUGUCGCAAAGUCCCGAAGGACCUUGCCACAUUGCGCUUUGUCUGUAAUGCCCCAAGGUUCGAGCCAGUCUGUGGCUGAGUCCCGGAGCGUAAUGCAGAUUGUGUUCCCAUCCAUGGAAGCGGGUAAUCCUCCGGAGAAGAAAUCCGUCUCAACUUGGUCCAUCCACUCCUUGUGGAGAUAGGUCGCGGGGCGGACCUUUCGAUGCUGUUGAGAACCAUAGGACUUAGAAACAGCGCAGUCAGGGCAAUGAACCUUGAUGCCUUGAACUCCUAAAUGCCCAAGCCUUUGGUGUAACCGCAAGGCGGAGCAGGAGUUCUGGUUUCCAAUCACGUUCGCCAACGCCUCGCCUUCCAAGAGGUAGAAACCCACGCAAGGAAGCUUUUGACGUAUUUUGACCGUGUGACGAUAGCCCGAAGCGUCCUGGAUCCAUCGUUCUUCUUUCGCGUGGUAGUACGAUCCACCAUCCUGCGCCAUCGUUUCGACAGAAAGCAGGCAAACCUGCAACGCAGGGUGGUACAACGCAACCCGGGCACCCAAGUUAUUGGGCUUAAGAAUUCCGAUUUUCGCAGGCUCAGAGCAUUCGCCGUCAGCUGUUGCGAGACUCACGGUUUCUCCGGUAAAGCUCUCAAACAUUGACUCAUGCGGGAACAUGUGGUGCGUAGCACCACUGUCCGUGAUGACUUUCAAAACUCGAAGUCCAUCCUUGGCUUUCGGCUGCUGCACGAAGUGCGCGCGCGCGUGCCUGGAGGAGUUAAGGACGUUCGGAAGACUCGUAUACGCGGCACAACCGGCGGCAUACGAGGGAAGUCGUAGCAACCUCCUGGAAUUCAAUUUCUUGAAAGAAUUCCGGGGGAGUGAGAUUCCGAAUUUCUUCAAAAUCUUGGGGGGGCAGGGACCGAAAAGAUUCCAGAUUUGCAUCGCAGCUCUCACAAGACACGAUGUAAAUCGGUAGAUUGGACUUCCAAUCACGAGGGUGGGGCAGUUCAAAAACGUAAAACACACAAACACGAAGAACCACAAAACCGACAGAAGCAGAGCGAGCAGAACACUGGCCAAGUAAAAAUUGACUGUUUUUAGGUGCGGAGAACGCACACCGAGCGGAGCACGCUCGCAGUAUCCCUGGUUCACACUGUUCUUGUUUUGCUGUGGUUGACGCGUUUCGUAGAACUUUCGAACUUGUUCCGCCUUUUCUCCUGCAAGAGUGUAAGGCAACUCGACCGCCUUUCUCGCAUAGUUCUCAUCGGUGGCCAUCCGAUGCUCGUGCUCGCGCACAAACAUGGGCAGGGUAUCCGACAAGCCCCAAGGCGUGUUUUUCUUCUUUCCCACCGUGACGCCGUUGGUGAUCCCAUUCAGCUCCGGAAGCUGGACGGGGGCGGUCGCGGUCUUCUUUUCGGCGGUGUGGACGACAACAGCGGCGGCGCUGUUGGUGUUUGCCUUCUUGGUGUUGCUCGCGGUCGUCUGCUCCUGGGAUUCCGAGGAGGAGAGCAGGGAGGCAACAGAAGACAAAGAACCCGACCGGGCGCGCGGGCGCUUGUUGGUGGUUUCGUCCUCGGCGGUGACCUGCAGCGGGAAAACGCGCGCGCAGUUCGCUCCUGCCUUCUUGUUCUUACCGGUGCCGGGCGGGGUUCCGCUCGCGGUCUUCUUCGCGUCGGCGGCCUUCUUCUUGCGGCACUCGCUCACGUCGUGGCCCUUGUGCCGGCAAAAUUGGCAGCGCUUAGCCUUCUGGGUGUCCUCCGGCUUCUGCGUUUUGCCUUUGCCUUUGUUGGCGAUCGCCUUAACGCUUGCCAACUCCUUCCGCAAUUUUUCCUGGCUCUUCUCCAAGGCGACAACCUUGGCGCUGUUGGCCUUGCUGUCUUCGGUCUUGGUUUCGCCGGCAACGCGCUGGAACUCGCGGAGGGUGGUGGUGAUGCGAUCGGCGUCGGUCACCUCGUUGGCCAUGAGCGUGGCAACGGUCGGGGCGAAGUUGUCGGGAAGUCCGGACAAAAUGCAGCCGGCUAAGAACUCAGGCAGCAAAAUUUUUCCGCCAAGCUUCUCGCGGAAGACAGCGCGCACGCGGUUAGCGUAUUCGUCCGCAAACUCGCCGGGGUUCAUCCGCAUGCGGAUAAGUUCCACGACAGCAGCGAAGCGGGUGGCCAUCUUCUGACUGGCGUACUUAUUUUCGAGCGCCCAAACCAUGCGAAGCAGGUGCGUAGGCUGCGGGCCGGUGAUCGCGCGCAAAAUUUGGUGGGGGUCCGGUCCACAACUUUGCGAAAUCAUGGCGGCGAGCGGUUUCGCGGUCCAGCUGUUCCAACUGGGAGCGGUUUCGAUUUUCGCCAAGGCGGUCGGGAUAUCCGUGCCGCUAGCGAUAUCCUUCCGGUAAUCCGCAUAAAGUUCGGCCCAAUCCUUCCAGGCUGUACCAGCUCCCGAGGACGGGGCGGAGGAAGAAGAGGAGGCGCCGACGGCGGUGGAGGUCGGGGGCGGGUUGCGCGGGUACCCUUCCAAGAUGCGGAAGAGGUCAAAACUCCAGCGCGCCCAAUCUUCCGCCGCCUCCAACUUCGUGGCCAUCUUCGGCGGGGGAUCCUUCUCGUUGCCGGUGGCCAUGUUUGUGGUUCCUAGUUUUUCGAAAUUUUUCAAAGUCUAAAACUAGGCGCGUCCAAGUGUAAAACUCAAGGGGAUAAACAAAAAAAUUAUAACUAAACCCGGGGGGUUUAGCUCUCUAAGCACAGGGCUCAAGAUUGUUAGAACACUAAAACUACCACGUAGGCCGGUAGACAACCUACAAGUUCUAGCAUCCACGUUACUGUUGCAUUCGGGGAAAGGAACAAGUUCAUCAUCAUCAUCAUUUCGUCAUCGCUCUGUACCAUCGCUCUUCGCUCAUGAUGUGAUUUCAGAUCGUGGAUUUCGAGUGGGAUUUGCAUCGUGUCAUGAGAUCUACAUGGUAAUUUGAUCUGCAUGCCUACAUAAACAAAGAAGCAGAGUUAAGCUUGUAAAUGACUUUCAAAGUUUCAGCAGCAAGUAGUACUGAUUCAAAUCAUAAAUGCUUACCUGACAAUGAAAGUGAAACGAUCGAAGUGUGCUAGUAGUUUUCAGUGGUUUCAUCUUUUAUCUUUUAUUCAACGACAGGGCUACUUUUAGCAAACACCGACAAGCAAACUUAGAGAAAAAACCUUUUGCCCCCUUUCAUACUUUGUCUUACAGUUCCUCUUAGAGUUUUGAAGUACCCUCUUCUGACACGACUUGGAAAGGAAUAAGCUGUGGACAAAGGCGCAGAACCUGCUCGCAUCGCGCCCUAGAUACGAACGGAUACUACAACAAACACAAAAAUCACAACAACAGCACCACGGGGGGCGUCGCCUGGGGGAAACGGCUGGCGACGCCCCCGACCCGGAACGCAAGCGCGAGCGCCAACAACGUCCCCGAGGAGUGGUUCCACACGUUACAGCGGCGGGGGGCGGUCGGGGACGUCGGAAGAACUAUCCAAAACAAGAUGGAAAUCCGAGCUGCCCGGUUUGUGGCGCAUUUCUGCCAAUUUUCAUAUGAAGGCCACCCGGCCGGCCUGUGGAGCCCGCUAGGUUUGAGGAGCCCAGCACCCUGGGCGCGGUUUUGCAUGCCCCCACAGCUCGGUCACAGGUUUAUCCAAGGAAAUUUGCAUGCAAAAUCCUCGCUCGCACUAGGAUGAGAUCGCCCCCAUUGAUUCAACAAGGAUGUGAUCGCCCCCAUUGAUUCCAAAAACCGAUGAUGAUCGGCCCCAUUGAUUCACUGCGCCGGAUACGCACCUGAUCAAUUAGCGUUUGUUAGCUGCCGGGCUUCCUGCUGGGCUCUUGAUCUUCGGGUCUUCCCGGUGGGCUCUUGCCAGGUGGGCCGUACACAAUCUGUGCGUGUGCGGUUUCUCAGCGUGAAAAGUCGGGCCCGCACACUGGUCGCGCGUUCCGUCGUGAGAGUUAGAGAAAUCUUCCGCUCGUGAUAGACAAAGGCUAGUGCAUUAAAGAACGAUUGAUUGAUUGAUUCGCGCUUUGAUUGAUUGUUUUUGUCAUGAUCCCCUCCUCAUUUUUACACUAGGAUGCGAUCGCCCCCAUUGAUUCCAACUAGGAGAUGAUCGCCCCCAUUGACUCCGAGCGACGGAUCAGCCCCUGACAAAUUACCCCAGUACUCUUCGGAGUCCGGUCCUCCGGGACAUAUCGGCUACAACGUGGAAGUUGAUAGGUGAAAUGUCGGGCCCCCACACGGAUUCGCGCUUUUACAUGAGAGAAGAUUUUUCGGAGUUUUCGCUCGUGUUCUAGCAUAAGGCCGCGCAAUGUAGAUUGAUUGAUUGAUUGAUUUUGUCACCGUCGUGUUUCGUCCCCCUCUCUGCUUCAGCGUACAUCAGGCCAGGGAAGAGUGCGAGACCGGGACGUGGGGGAGGGACGGCAGAAGCAGUUCCUCCGCGCCACGCUGACUGCUGCCUGCAGGAGAUCAGGGACAAAAAUUUUCUUUUUGCUAGUGCUAGUUUGACUUUGUCAUGCGGAAUUAGAGUCGGUCCUUGCAUGCUCGUCGUUGUCCCAUGCCUCGCCCAGGAGGCAGGAAGCCUCUUUCUUGCAUGCAGGGGACCGCGCGCUCGGUCUCGGGCAGGCAAAAGAGCAUGCGUAAACACAUGGGAUACACGGUAAGACAGAUACUGCAACGACACAAAAACAACAACAACAGCACCACGGGGGGCGUCGCCCGGGGACAAGGCCGGCGGCGCCCCUGGCCUGGAGUACAAGCAGAAGCGCCGAGGAGUGUUUCCACACGCCCCGGAAUACAAGCCUUCCCGAGGAGUGGUUCCACAUGUGACAGCGGCGGAGGGCGGUCGGGGGCGACAGCAAGACUUAUCCGAAACAAGAUGAAAAUCCGAGCUGCCCAAAAAUUCGGCGGCUAGAUUGUUGCCAGUUUCCAUACAAAGGCCACCCGGCCGGCCUGUGGUGCAUGCUGAGUUUGAGGAGCUCGGCACCCUUGGCACAUUUUUUGUAUGCCCCCCAGCUCGGUCACAGGUUUAUCCGCGAUUUUUGUCAUGAUCCCCUCCUCAUUUUUACACUAGGAUGCGAUCGCCCCCAUUGAUUCCAACUAGGAGAUGAUCGCCCCCAUUGACUCCGAGCGACGGAUCAGCCCCUGACAAAUUACCCCAGCGCUCUUCGGAGCCCGGUCCUUCGGGACAUAUCGGCUACAACGUGGUAGUUGAUAGGUGAAAUGUCGGGCCCCCACACGGAUUCGCGCUUUUAACAUGAGAGACUUCGCAAGAUUUCCUUCGUGUUUUAGCAUAAGGCCGUGCAAUGUAGAUUGAUUGAUUGAUUGAUUGGCACGGAUUCGCGCUUUUACAUGAGAGAAGAUUUUUCGGAGUUUUCGCUCGUGUUUUAGCAUAAGGCCGUGCAAUGUAGAUUGAUUGAUUGAUUGAUUUUCCACCAGAUGAUCCCGAAUUCUAAUUCUUAUCGUGGCUUUUUGCGUAAACCGCUUUCCCUCGGACGCAACAAGGGGCUUUGUUUUCGCUAAGUACUUUUUUCGGGUGAAAAUUUUGGAAAUGCUCUUUUCAAUUUCCAAAAAAAAAACACAGCCGCUUUUUGUGAGAUUGCAACCCCG